ACAUGGACUGCCUGAUGUUGGCAUGUCAUGGGGGUUCCGUGUCUAUAGUGAAACACCUGCUGUCCUUGAAAUUACUUGACAUCAACAGACGAGGGGGAUGGCUUAAGGAAACAGCAGUUAUGAUUGCAGUUAAAGGAGGAAACUAUGAUGUUUAUAAUCUUCUUGUGUUGGAGGGAGCUGACCUGUCACUAACUGAUGAAUACAACAACGACUGUCUGAUGUGGGCAUGUGAGCGACGUCACGUGUAUAUAGUGAAACACCUCCUGUCCUUUAAAACAUUGGACAUCAACAGACGAGAUAGAUCAAGGAAACAAACAGCAGUUAUGAUAGCAGCUGAAAGAGGACACAAUGAUGUUUAUAAUCUUCUUGUGUUGGAGGGAGCUGUUAUGUCACUCGCUGAUAAAAACAACAACGACUGCCUGAUGUUGGCAUGUUAUGGGGGUUACGUGUCUAUAGUGAAGCACCUGCUAUCCUUGAAAACAUUUGACAUCAACAGACGAAAUAGAUCACGGAAACAAACAGCAGUUAUGAUGGCAGCUGAAAGAGGACACAAUGAUGUUUAUGAUCUUCUUGUGUUGGAGGGCGCUGACCUGUCACUUACUGAUAAAAACAACAACGAUUGCCUGAUGUUGGCAUGUUAUGGGGGUUACGUGUCUAUAGUGAAACACCUGCUGUCCUUGAAAACAUUUGUCAUCAACAGACGAGAGAGAUCACUGAAACGAACAACAGUUAUGAUAGCAGCUGAAAGAGGACACUAUGAUGUUUAUAAUCUUCUUGUGUUGGAGGGAGCUGUUAUGUCACUCACUGAUAAAAACAACAACGACUGCCUGAUGUUGGCAUGUUAUGGGGGUUACGUGUCUAUAGUGAAGCACCUGCUAUCCUUGAAAACAUUUGACAUCAACAGACGAAAUAGAUCACGGAAACAAACAGCAGUUAUGAUAGCAGCUGAAAAAGGACACUAUGAUGUUUAUGAUCUUCUUGUGUUGGAGGGCGCUGACCUGUCACUUACUGAUAAAAACAACAACGAUUGCCUGAUGUUGGCAUGUAAGGGGCGUCACGUGUAUAUAGUGAAACACCUGCUGUCCUUGAAAACAUUGGAUAUCAACAGGCGAGAAAGGUCAUGCAAACAAACAGCAGUUAUGAUGGCAGUUGAAGGAGGACACUAUGAUGUUUAUAAUCUUCUUGUGUUGGAGGGCGCUGUUCUGUCACUUACUGAUAAAUACAACAAUGACUGCCUGAUGCUGGCAUGUUUUGGAGGUAACAUGGCAAUUGUGAAACACCUGCUGUCCUUGGAAACAUUUGACAUCAACAGACAAGAUAGAUCAAAGAUACAAACAGCAGUUAUGAUUGCAGCUGAAAGAGGACACUAUGAUGUCUGUAAUCUUCUUGUGUUGGAGGGAGCUGAUCUGUCACUAACUGAUGAAGACAACAAUGAAUGUGGACAUGUGAGGGAAGCAGCGUGUCCAUAAUGAAUCACCUCCUUUGCUUGAAACAUCUGGCCAAGGUGAAUGAAAAUUCAGCCAUAAGAAUAACGAGUCCAUUACUGCAGUGAGUCAGUUUAACAAAGUCCCAGUCACGGGCAUAAACACAACAGUUUCUGAGUUUGCCCACGUGCUACCGGAGUCUGCACGUGCAGCAUUCGGUGUAAAAUGUUUUCGACCCUGAAAGUACCCAAGACAGAUAAAAAACAAGCCAUGAUUUAUGCCAAAAUGUGUGUUAAACAUAUUUAUUUCCGUAAAUUGUACACGUACUGGCUUUGUGGCUAAUGCGUUUGCUAGUCACCCCGAAGACCCGGGGUUCGAUUCUCCACAUGGUUACAAUGUAUGAAGCCCAUUUUCCAAUGUCCCCAACCGUGAUUUUGCUGGAAUAGUUCCAAUAGUGGCGUGAAGCCCAUUUCUGGUGUCCCCCGCCGUGAUAUUGCUGGAAUAUUGCUAAAAGCGGCUUAAAACCCCACUCACUCACUUACUCACUCCAAUAGUGGUGUAAAGCUAUAUCCAUUAACUCACUCACGCAUUGGUGAAUGAAAAAUCAACCAAUUCACUUUAUCAAUAGCUGUUAUUUGUCCUCAAGUUGCCUUUAUUGCACAACUCAAUCAAUGUCUGUAGUUUGCGAUUUUAGUUCUAAAAAAAGAGAGCGUGCCAGCAGAAGUCUGUAAGCUGUUGUCUCUCUCCAUAACCUGGAGAAUUUGCCUCGGUGUGACAAAUGAUAUAGGUUUGUAUGGGUUCGGAUUCGCUUUUUAGGAAUACGAGUUAUCCAGUCGAUUAGGUACGAGUGGGUACGGGUUGUCCAACGGGUGGGUACGAGUCAUCCAGUUGAUUGGGAACGAGUGGGUACGUGUUGUCUAACACCUUGGUACGAGUCAUCCAGUUGAUUUGGAACGAGUGGGUACGGGUUGUCCAACAUUUGGGUACGAGUAAUCCAGUCGAGUAGGAACGAGUGGGUAUGGGUAUCCAACACUUGGGUACUAGUCAUCCAGUUGAUUAGGAACAAGUGGGUACGGGUAUCCAACAUUUGUGUCCGAGUCAUCCAGUUGAUUAGGAACGAGUGGGUACGGGUUGUCCAACAUUUGGGUACGAGUAAUCCAGUCGAUUAGGAACGAGUGGGUAUGGGUAUCCAACACUUGGGUACUAGUCAUCCAUUUGAUUAGGAACCAGUGGGUACGCGUAUCCAACAUUUGGGUACGAGUCAUCCAGUUGAUUAGGAACGAGUGGGUACGGGUAUCCAACAUUUGGGUCCGAGUCAUCCAGUUGAUUAGGAACGAGUGGGUACGGGUUGUCCAACAUUUGGGUCCGAGUCAUCCAGUUGAUUAGGAACGAGUGGGUACGGGUAUCCAACACUUGGGUACGAGUCAUCAAGUUAAUUAGGAACAAGUGGGUACGGGUAUCCAACACUUGUGUACGAGUCAUCCAGUUGAUUAGGAACAAGUGGGUACGGGUUGUCCAACACUUGGGUACGAGUCAUCCAGUUGAUUAGGAACGAGUGGGUACGGGUAUCCAACACUUGGGUACGAGUCAUCCAGUUAAUUAGGAACAAGUGGGUACGGGUAUCCAACACUUGGGUACGAGUCAUCCAGUUGAUUAG